AUGACACGGGAGGAACCGUACCACGAGGAGUUCAGCUAUGACCGAAUGCCCACCCUGGAGCGGGGCAGGCCAGAUGCCCCGAGCUACAGCCCUGACGUCAAGACCAACGACCUGCAGCUGUCCAAGAGGCUCCCACCCUGCUUCAGCUCUAAGACCUGGGUCUUCUCCAUGGUGAUGGGGAGCUGCCUUCUGGUAACUUCGGGGUUUUCACUCUACCUGGGAAAUGUGUUUCCUUCAGAAAUGGACUACCUGCGGUGUGCUGCUGGCUCGUGCGUCCCUGCAGCCAUUGUGAGCUUCACUGUUUCCAGGAGAAGUGUCAACGUGAUUCCCAACUUUCAGAUAUUAUUUGUUUCCACAUUUGCUGUCACAACGACUUGCUUAAUUUGGUUUGGAUGUAAGCUUGUCCUGAAUCCGUCGGCAGUAAACAUAAACUUCAACCUGGUCCUGCUCCUCCUGAUGGAGCUCCUCAUGGCUGCCACGGUGAUCAUCUCGGCAAGAUGCAGCGUGGAGCAGUGCACAAGGAAGAAGGCUUCCACAGUGGACAAAUCCAACAUUUUGGAUGAGGUGACCUUCCCUGCUCGGGUCCUGAAAUCCUAUUCUGUCAUAGAGGUCAUCGCCGGCAUCUCAGCCUUCCUGGGUGGGGUCAUCGCUCUGAAUGUGGACGGCGUGGUCUCAGGCCCCCACCUCUCGGUGACCUUCUUCUGGAUCUUGGUGGCUUGUUUCCCAAGUGCUAUUGUCAGUCAUGUGACAGCUGAGUGUCCCAGCAAGUGCCUGGUGGAGGUGCUGCUCGCAAUAACCAGCAUCACAUCCCCACUGCUCUUCACCGCGUCGGGCUACCUGUCGUUCAGCAUCAUGAGACUGGUGGAGAUUUUUAAGGAUUACCCACCAGCCAUAAAACAAUCAUACGAUGUGUUGCUGCUACUGCUGUUGUUAGUCCUACUCCUGGAAGCCUGCCUCACCACCAGCACCGUGGUCCAGUGUGUGCGCUUCAAGGCCCGCUCUAGGCUGCAGGACUUGCCCUGGGACCCCGCACAGGCCAGCCGGCAGGAGCCCCCAGCCGGGGAGGUAGCCAGGAGCCCACGCCCGGAGUUUGACAAGGACAAGGCCUGGAGGGCAGUGGUAGUGCAGAUGACCCAGUGA